CCGCACAGCCCGGUGCGCUGCUGUAAUUAACAGCAAUUAGCCUUUCUUAAGGAGGGGGAUUACGAAACUGCGCUGUAAAACCCGUAUGAUACCGAGCGCGCCUGUUGAGAGACUCAACUGCUUAGAAAGCGUUUUUUGUGAGCCCGGCGGAGGCACGGCUGGGGCUGGAGGCCGUGCUGGGCCAGGCGAGGUCCUGGCUCACCUACUAUUAUAGCCCAUCCUUCAGUAAAUUAAUUAUAUCAAAACCGUGAUAGAAUGAACAAACGUCUGCUCUCUUUGACAGAAUGAGUGACAAGUCUCAGUUCUAAACUUCCUAUUACCGUUGGUGUUUCAACCAGCCUAAAAAAAGUCUUAAUUCUGUAGAUUGUCACCAAGAAUGGCAACACGACUCUUUUAUUAACUGUGGCAAUGUUUUCCUAUCAUAUAUAUUCAAAUCCAAAGCUACUUUUACGUGUUAUAUAAAUACAAAACUUGGGCUGAAAGUAAACGCUGAAAUUAGAAUUAUGCCAAUUACACGCACCUUAAAAAUACUACACUGGGUAUUAAAUCUAUUUUUAACUGAUUUGCUCUGCCACUGGCAACAAAGACCCAGCCUCUGCAAGCACUUUCUUAGCAUCUUUUGAACAGUUAGGAGAAGCUUACAAAACCCCCAACCGUUUUGCCAGCUCACACAGAAAGUAUCAAGAUUCCUGAUGGGGAGGGACAGUGAAGCACUUUCUUACUUCACCAUUCUCCUUUGUCAUCCAUUUGACAAUGGCUUUGUAUUUAUCAUCAAAUUACUUCUGUAUAAGCCAUCUUUUACUAAAUGAAGUAUGGAAAUUUGGCAAUGCCUGUCAGAGUCAAAUCUCUGCAACUCCUACUCGGGCAGAUGUGUUUCCAUUUUACUGGUUUGGCCAUUCAUUUAAAAAGUGAAACAAAACAAAUGCACUUAAGUAAACUCAGCCUUAUAAAAUCACUCAGUGUUCUAGCUAUGGUUAGUGAAGCUGUAACAAACUUCACCUGCAGCAAACUAUCUGGAAAAUCAGGACAUUGGCAGGAAUAGCAAGAACAUAGUAAGAAUAAUAAAAAGAACAUAGCACAAGGUAAGAUACACAAAAGAACAAAAAGGGCAGACAGCACAGACAGUAAGGAAUCGCAGUUAAGACAAGAUGAAACUAGUCCUACUGCUGUGGCUAGAUCCUGGAGUAGGAUUUUCAGGUUUGGAGUACGGUUUUUUCCUGUAAAUCUAAGAAAAUUUGAGUGCAAUGCCUUUGGUUUAGGGGCCAAAAGCAGGAUGACUGUGCCAGCAAACAGGAGAAAUGUCUUUUACCAGCAGGAUAAACUAAACUCACUAAGACUGAUUUUGCUUUCUGAUGCUUGUCAUAGCUCUUCUUGCAAGCUGUUUUUUUCUAAUGACCCAGUGAAGAUCGUGAAGGCAAAGGGCCAGUAUAUGUAUGAUGAGAAUGGGAGACAGUACCUUGACUGCAUAAACAAUGUCGCUCACGUUGGGCACUGUCACCCUGAUAUAAUAAAGGCAGCCCAUGAACAGAAUCAAUUGUUAAAUACAAAUUCUCGUUACCUUCAUGACAACUUGGUUGAUUAUGCAGAGAGACUUUCAAAAACACUACCUGAGAAAUUACGCAUCUUCUAUUUUUUGAAUUCUGGAUCUGAAGCCAAUGACCUUGCCCUGAGACUGGCACGGCAGUACACAAAACAUGAGGAUGUUAUCGUUUUAGACCAUGCUUACCAUGGACAUCUGACAUCUUUGAUUGACAUAAGCCCAUAUAAAUUCAGAAAUCUAGAAGGACAAAAGGAAUGGGUCCACGUGGCUCCUGUACCAGACACAUACAGAGGACUUUAUAGAGAAGACCAUGAAGAUGCAGUAACAGCCUAUGCUGAUGAAGUAAAAAAUACUAUUGAGCAGGCACAUAAGAGAGGCAGAAAGAUUGCUGCAUUUUUUGUUGAAUCUCUACCAAGUGUGGGUGGUCAAAUCAUUCCCCCAGCAGGUUAUUUUCAGAAGGUUGCAGAGCAUGUGCACAAGGCAGGAGGUGUAUUUAUUGCUGAUGAAAUUCAAGUUGGCUUUGGCAGGGUUGGCAAGCACUUUUGGGCAUUCCAGCUUCAGGGAGAAGAUUUUAUACCUGAUAUUGUCACUAUGGGGAAACCAAUUGGAAAUGGGCACCCACUUGCUUGUGUGGCAACAACAAAAGAAAUUGCAGAAGCAUUUGCGGCCACAGGAGUAGAGUAUUUUAACACAUUUGGUGGGAACCCCGUUUCAUGUGCCAUUGGAUUAGCUGUGUUAGAUGUGAUUGAGAAGGAACACCUUCAGGCUCAUGCCACAGAGGUAGGCAACUUCUUGAUGAAGAUACUCAAGGAGCAGCAAAUCAAGCAUCCCAUCAUUGGCGAUGUCAGAGGUUGUGGCUUAUUCAUUGGAGUGGACUUAAUCAAGGACCAAGCAGAAAGGACUCCAGCCACAGCAGAAGCAGAGGAUUUAAUAACAAGACUUAAAGAAAGAUAUAUUCUACUGAGUACAGAUGGGCCAGGAAGAAAUGUGCUGAAAUUCAAACCCCCAAUGUGUUUUAAUAUGGAGGAUGCAAAAUUUGUUGUGGAGACAAUUGACGAAAUACUAACAGAUAUGGAAAAAGAAUGUCUGAGCCAAUAGCAAACACCUGUUUGUUCUACUUGAGCAGGUAUUUACCUACAGUCACCCAGUACUAUUUAAAAGGCAAGGUUCCUAAACAUCACUUCACAAGCACUGUCAAAUAAAGCUUCCUCAGAGGUGCUUUUACUCAAAGUUUGCAGGAAUUUCUGGGCAUCUCCAAACAUGGACGACACUUGUGUACAUCCAGCAUUCACAACUACCUUCCAUCACUCUGACACUCCCAGCAACACUUGUGCAUCAUUUUUUUUUGAGGGCCAACAUGUCCCAGACAUGACUGUCUAUAGUGCAUGCAAAUGACUGCACAUCCACACAAACACAGAGCUUUUCUGCUUGCUGCUCAGAGCCUUCAGGCUCCAGCUAGAAGCUGGUCCAGCUGCAUAACCACUUCUCAGCAACUCUCCCCUUAAGUGUCAUUUCAGGUUCACAGCUGGUAUCUCAUCCUUCAGGAUCCAUCUACCCCUAGACUUGAGUUUGUGGGUAUCAGAGUAAUAUUGGUCCUGUUAAGUCUACAAAGUCUUGUUAUGUCUUCAUCUGUUGAGGUCCCUUAAUAGAUUGCCAAGAGAACAUCUAGCUACAACUCUCUUUGCUGCACACUCAUGAGCACAGUGUACACUUAGAGUUAACACCUUGGUAAAAACACCCUUUGGUACUCUUAGUACUUUGUCAAACUACUCUGAAAGACAACAUGUUUAGUAGAAUUCUGGAUAGCUGGGCAGGAAUGCACCUAAUGUGAUCAUUGUGAGCAGUGUAAUCAUUAGUGGCCUCAACCACCAUAAGAUUCACAGUGCUGUGGCCCUGAGCUAAGGAGAAAUGUAUUUUUAGUUCAAUGUAAUAUUAGUAUAGCAGGCACAAGAAAAACGUGUUAAUACUUUAUUUAGCAAGUUAAUGGAAAGACAUACAGCUGUUUAUACUACUUAUUCUUAGGAACAGAAAGAUUACUCAACAGUGCCAGUGCAAAUUAGAGGCCUAAUGACUUAAUGUGCUUGUCUGUAAUCUAAACUAAGCAAGAAAAAUACCUUUAUUUUCUACAGGAAACCAAGAAUGCAAAAAGCCUCUUACUAAGUACAGUACUAGUAAGACACUUACAUAUAAUGUAAGCGAGAAUGAGGCAAUGAAGUAAUUUCUUUUAAUGAUACUUUUACAAAAAAAAAAACCAUUACAUUAUUUUCUUUCCAUAGGUUUCAAACAAUGUUCAAGAUCUACUACUAAGAAACAUUAUUCUACUAUAAUAAUGCACAUUUAAUCUUCAUCCUAGCAUGUCUUAGACCAGAUAAGUCACUUUUUGAUUUUUCAUUUAUCUUGUUUUUAGUAAAAGCUCUAAGAGAAAUAAAUUUUACAAGAGCUUGUCUCAACUCUGGCAGUGUGGAAUUGGCUUUUAUUUUAAACAACGUAUCUAAAACUGAUUAUAAAGGAGGAUCUUUCUAGCGGCCACUACAAAAUACACUUUCUAAAUUUAUGCACUUUCAGGUUAUGACUUUUUCAAAUCAGGAUGAGCCAAUGGGUGUUCUGAUAUUUAAGUCUUCAGCUACCUAUGCAAACACCAUUCCAGGUGCUAGUACACCCAGUCCUUCCCAGGCUCCUCUGAGCCGUUUCAGCAGCCAGUGUCAGAACAAGGUCCCUAAGUAGCACUAUAUUCAACAAACACUCUCAGCCACCAGCUUAAGUCAAAAACUUCAGUUCCAAAUUCCUAACAUCAAACGCAUGAGGGAGAAACAGCUGAGGGCUAUGUCUCCCAAACCACUUCUUACUAACAGUCUGUCCUCAAGAAAUAUCCAAGUAGGAUUAGUAGAUUACAGCCAUAAGCAACGACCUUGUGUACAAGCCUUUACUUUUACCAGGCAGUUCUUUGUAUCACAAACUUUUCAUGCAAAGAAAGGGAAAAGCCAGCUCUGCAUUUAAGUACCAGUAUCCUCAGUUUCUGCCUAAGGCCAUAUCACCUGUUAAGUAGCAUUACCUGAGCACCCACUUGCAAAAACCACCACAAUAACAUCAACUGACAAACUCUUGCUAGGACACUACUAGCCAGAAGGACUGCAGCACAAUGGUCCUGGUACCAUGCAAUUUUCCCACUGGAGGGCCAAGUGUUUGCUAGAAAAAUAUUCUGCUACCCCUCAUUUCACAGAAAAAAAUACUUAAAGUAUGCAAGAAAGUAUUUAAAUCUUGAGACAGUAAUACUUUUAAAUACUGUACUCAUUUGUUUCAGUCAUCUGCUGUAUUUUUUUAUUUGCAAGUAAGUUGGGCUGGAAGGUUACAAGGUCCAGCUAUAAAGUUGUCAACUAUGAGAUUAAAAAAUCUUUUUUUUUUAAUACUCAAGACUUCCACUUAACACCAGCAGAGUCUUACAGACUUCUAAAUUUACAAGCAAGUUUUUCUUUUCAAGGACAGCCAGCAGGGUGCAGCAGAUUAUAGUCCAUGCAGAAAUAGCUGCAUCCCUUGUUAAAAAAAACUGGAAAGGUCACUAGUAACAUAUGCUUGUUUCUUGUCUUAGUUACUUGGUUUGAUUCCACUUCAGGGUUUUACUUGUUCAAAGAGAAUUUGUUACAAGAAAAAAAUUGCCAUAUUUUAGCUCUAAAAGGAAAUUAAAAAUUGAAUUGAUCACUGCAAUGAAGAUUAGAAGUUUAUUUUGUGCAGUAGUGCUUGCUACUUAUAUUCAGUCACAAGACAGGCAAAUCACAUGACGGUUAUUGCCUUAAAAUAGCAGUAAACCAACAGUAAAGUCAAAAAAGGAGAGUAUUUCUAGCUGGUCACUCAUCUCUAGAGAAAGAUAUGUUUUUUCCACCACAACUGCAGUGGAAGUUCUUUCAAAUUCUGUUAUACAAAAAAGCUGCAAAAAUUCAGACUUUGCAUUUGUAAUUUAAUGUCUGUCCAACCUGCCUUUCAAGGAAGGUAUAUACAUCCUAUUAA